CCACAGAUUAAUCCAGAAACUUACUUUUCUCCAGGAGUCUUGCACGCAUUCCAGAGUCAAGUUUAGAGUUAGGUUUACCUGGUUGCCCUCAUUCCCAACGAGUCUUUUAUAAACCCCACCUGAAUUCUUCUCCCUUUAUCCUUACUCCACUUUCUGCCACACAUAACACUUCUGACCUCAUAAUCCCUCAACUGCAGCCUUGGGCCCCACCUACCCCUGGGGAGGCUAGUUACCUGCAACUGCUGUUAGCUUUCUCCUAUCUGCUCAGUAUGGGUCCCCUUGGCCUAUGGAGUCCAUCUGCUCCUCCGGGCCCUCAGCCCAAUGGGCUUACUUGGCCCCCCCAAGACCUCUAGAACACCUUCCUUCUACAUGACACAUCAAGGGGCUCUCUGAAGAGACGAUCUUUAGAGCAUGUUUAUCUACAUCAAAUAUGGAGAUAAUCAGCAGUUUCUGGUCAAUACCAAUUGUUCUAUCGCUGUGUUGCUGCAUUACAUCCGCAAGAAAGUGGGGUUGACUAAAAAAGAUACCAUUGACUUAUGUGAUGAAACGGGUACAAUGAAGAUGUUUUUCCUGUCGAAGACCCCUACAGAAUCUGCCAGCAAAUUCCUUACGGUUCGAAACACCUACUACAUUUGUAAGGUGGAGCGUGGGCCACCAGGAACCCGACUUGAGAAUGCCUACAAAGCUUUUGUGCCUCUUCUGAAGCAUCCAGAACCCGAGCUGAUUGAUGCCUUGCGCACACAAUGUGACAUCUUGGAGAAGAACCGAAUAAAGAUGAUUAGAAAAGAAGCCAAGAAGGUCAUUCCAGCUGAAACCACCACAAAUGUCCCAGUAAGACUCCCUAAAUGUGGUCUGCCACAGCACCCUCUUCUUCCCACCAGCCAACUGAAGACCAAACCAGGAAAAUCAGAUGAAGAUGGACCCCCUCGCAGAAGCCCCCUCUAUAAGACCAGAGCAGACUUUCUCAAGAGGACUAGACAUCUGUAACUCAAUUAAAAGGAAUCAAGUGAGAGCAGUAACACUGGAUUGGAAUCAGUGGAAUUGAAUGUGAGGUUAC